AUGCUAUUCAAACUGUCACCUGGCUGGCUUGGACCUGUUUUUGUUAUCCUUUUUGUGACCAAAUAUUGCGGAGCUGAUGGAAGCGAAGAAUGUGAAUGUAGUAUAACAGUGAUGGGACCACUGCGAGACCAAGCUGUGGUGUUUGUCUGCAACGCCUACACACCCGAAGGAGUUAACUAUCAAAAUCUGGACUACACCUGGCUGCUGACCAACACAAGUCACCCAAGUCCAGAGAAGACCACUACACAGCUGUACCAUGACAACCAGCCCAAACUGGUCAUAUGGAGUCCAGCCUCUGGUGACUACACUUGUCUGGUCAGUGGGCCUGGGAUCGCCGCACCUCUUACAUGUUCUGUCUCACUGAACCAGUCUGUCCCAGGGAUUGAUCACAGAGAAUGGCCAUUAGAAGUGAGGCCUCACUGUGUGGAUCAAAGGGCCCCUGUGUUUAAACCAACUCCCGAAAAGGGCCUGGCCUUACUUGAUCCGAGAGGCCGUCCGUCCUUGACCUGUACUGCCCCGUUACUUCGUAGAUCACAGACUGGGACUAAAUUCACCAUGGAAUUAUUACCAUUAGAAAAUUAUCAUCCACAAAACGUCACAGAACCAAUCAGCCUAGACGCAGUGACUACAAAUCCUACGACUACUGAUUCUGGUCUGUCGAGUUUAAAUGUAAAAUCGACAAAGUCUCCAAAGUGGAUGAAAGAGAAAUGCGACUUCGACCACGAUUACCGGGAUCAUGAGAUUACAAUAGAGUUUGCUCGAGCUAGCAGAGGUUGUCUAGGAGUCUACAUGUGUUCCGUUGGAGUGGGUUCCCUUCUACGCUCCAGCACCUUGGUUGUGUUCAGAAAAUCAGCGUCACACCGCUCAACAGGCACACACUCAAGGCACCACACAAUUAGAGGCAAAAGCAAGCGAGACUUAAGUCCCCUUCUUGACGACGACGAUAAAGGCAAUACUUCUCACCACGCAGAUGAUGACGAGGACGGCGACGACCACCACCCCCAUGAGCAGGCGGAGAAAAAUACAAUCGAUGUUGUGUGGCUAAGUAUCGGCGUUGUGUUCAUGGUGCUCUUAACUGGAGUCGCUGUUGCUUGUGCUGUUGUUUGGAGAAAGAAGAUGUUGCGGCAUCAUUCUCGCUACCUUGCCCGGGUCACCUCCAGCUCCAAGGCUCCCUUGUUCAUCAACAAGGCCUUCACCAAGUCGGAGAGCAACGAACUGGAGGAGUUCCCCAGGAAACACAUCCGCUUCCUGGACCACAUCGGCAAGGGAACUUUUGGAACCGUGGUGAUGGCCGAGACCUUUAACCUCCAGAAGCAGAAGAAAGGAAGUUCCUCCAAGCGUUGGCAAGUGGUUGCUAUCAAGAUGACACUCAUUUCAGAAAAGACAAACGAACAACUGAAGAAAGAUUUCCUCAGUGAAGUGACCCUGAUGAAGUCCAUACCGGUACACCCAAACAUCAUCACGCUGUUUGCAAGCUGUACAGCUCACGACCCCUACCUGAUGAUCCUGGAGUACGCCAAACAUGGCGACCUGAGGAAAUACCUGCUGAAUCACCGGACAGAGCGCAACUACGCCAACGCUGCCUACCUGGCAUACGGAGUGGACAGCAGACGCACCAGCAACUACUACUCGACCACCUGUGGUCAGCAGCCCGGGGACAACAAGAAUAAAUAUGAGAAAAUAACCACUGACCCUAAAAAAUACAACAAUGUCCCAACCAGUGAGAGUGAACUGAUAACAUCACGUGAUGUACUGUCCUUCGCCUUACAGAUCUGCAGAGGACUCGACCAUCUGACCCAGAACAAGAUUGUCCAUCGUGACGUGGCUGCCAGGAACGUUCUGGUGUGCGAGCACAAAGUUGUCAAGAUUUCAGAUUUUGGUUUGGCCAGGAAAGUGGGAGAACAGGAUGUCUACGAAAGGACGACAAAG